CUCCCCUGCCUCCUGGUUCAAAAGCAGCCAAGCCAAAAGAAGCCUCCAGACAGCCCUGAGAUCACCUAAAAAGCUGCUACCAAGACAGCCAAGAUCCUACCAAAAUGAAGCGCUUCCUCUUCCUCUUACUCACCAUCAGCCUCCUGGUUAUGGUACAGAUACAAACUGGAGUCUCCGGACAAAACGCCACCAGCCAAAACAACAGCCCCUCAGCAUCCAGCAACUUGAGCGGAGGCGGUUUCCUUUUCUUCGUGGCCAAUGCCAUAAUCCACCUCUUCUACUUCAGUUGAGGUGACACGUCUCAGCCUUAGCCCUGUGCCCCCUGAAACAGCUGCCACCAUCACUCGCAAGAGAAUCCCCUCCAUCCUUGGGAGGGGUUGAGCCAGACAUCACCAGGUUGUAGAAUUUGACAGGCAGUGCCAUGGUGGCAACAGCCGAAAUAGGGGGGUAAUGAUGUAGGGGCCAAGUACUGCCCAGCUGGGGGUCAAUAAAGUUACCCUUGUACAUGCA